AUGCUAGCCGACCAAGCCCUCAUAACAGCCUCCGACAGGCUUUAUUUCGCCUACGGAACCAACCUCAGCCCGGAGAAGAUGGCCCGCCGCUGCCCGGACAGCAUCUUCCUCGGCAAGGCGACCCUCCGCGGGCACAUGUGGCAGGUCAAUGAGAACGGGCUUGUCAACAUCGUGCGCGUCCCGACAGCGCCGGCGCCCUCAAAGAGAGAGAAAGACGGUAGUAGAGGCAGCAGCAGCAGCAGCAGCAGCAGCAGCCGUACCAGCAGCGCCCGCGGGCGGUCCCGGGACCACCACCGCGGCAUCAAGAACCAUGACCAGGCCGCCGACCCCGGCCCCGUCGUGGAAGGCCUGGUGUACGCCAUCUCCACCUCGGACGAAGAGCGCCUCGACAGCAAGUACAUGGGCAUCCGGAAGGGGCGGCCCGACGGCGCGGCGAGGGAGUGGUACGAGAAGUUUGAGGUCCAGGUGGACUUUGAGCCCGUGAGGGGCAACGUCUUCGCGCGGUGCACCUCGGCCAGCGUCGCCCGGGCGGUCAGGGAGGAGCGCGAGCAGGGCAGGGCCGCCGAGGUCCUCCGCGUGGAGAGGCGGGCUCGGUCGUGGGACGAGGGCCUGGGCGAGGGCGAGAGGAAGCGCCGAGGCUCGGGGCGGAGGGACGGUGGUGGUGGUAGCCGGCGUGGGGCCAGUGUGGGUGCUCCAUCCUCGGCGGCGCCGUCGUCCGCGCUGGCGGUGGGCCACGGCGGGCUGAGGAGCUCCAUCAUGGGCCUCCUCGGCAUCCCUGCCGGCAGGAGGGAGCGGGCUUCCUCGCCGCCGCCGCCGCCGCCUGCCCGGGGCCGCGAUAGGACUGCACCCCGGGUGGUUGGCACGCCUGUCGUGGCGCUGGUGUAUGCCAACACGGUCUACGUGCGGGACGGCGAGAUUAGGGACCAGUACGUGCCGCGCAUGGAGCGGGCUGUGGCCGACGCGCUUGCUUUGGGCGUUUCGAGGGAGUUUGUUGAGAAGAGCAUUGCCCCCUUUAUUCCUGAGGUCUGGGAGCUCCGUUCGGGUUGGAAGUCGUCACGGAGGAAGUCAUUGGUGGGAGGCGAGGAUGGUCUCGAGAAGGACCAGGGCCGGCGGGAGGUCGAGCGCAUGAGGAGAAGGCGCCGGGACAGUGGUGUGGAUGGGCGCAAUGAAUACUAA